CUCUGAUUUAUUCUCCAUGAUGAUCGGAACUGGACAUUCAUGGAACCGUUAUGUAAUAUCUCCAGAUUGGUUGAUUUUCACACUUGACCUAGCUAGCCCUUUAGCCAACUAGCUAAUGUUAGCUAGUUUAUGUUUACACAGCUAAAUUGCUAUCAAUGAAUUACAAAUAUGCCGUUUUGAUGGUAAAUAGCUAUUGUUGCCCAAUCUGUUGCUGCGUAUCGUGUGUUUACAUCGUUGGAUUGCAAGUCUAUCAUGAAGAUGCUCGCAUCUUUAAAAAGAAAAUUUCGAACAACGCGAGGUGGUUGCUCGGUCCACCGGCCUUGACGUUGCCUAAUUUGGGGAGUCGUCUAGGGGAAAAUAACACGGAAUGUCGCGCGGAACGGUGGCAAAUAGACCCCCGCUUUGUCCGAAUAAAUCCAUAAUGUGUGGACUUUGGUGGGAAAGACAAAUGAAGGUCAUUGCGAAAUAUAUCGCGCACAUACGCCUAAGUUGGAUGGCUGCAAAUUCCAAAAUAUAUCACCGUUUGUCGAACGCGCCUUCCAUUUUCAUUGUCGAGGUGUUUGGCCAGCUAGCUGCUAGCCAUUAGCUAGGUCGUUCGGUAAACAGACAUUUCGUCGAAGGUAUCUCCACUUAGUGUGGCCAAGGUGGAACAUCGAGUCGCCUACCUCCCCAUAAUUCGCGUGUAAUUGGAAAAUCUUUUACCCGAAUCUUGAAAUAGGCAAAGAUUGUAAAAUGAAUGGAACUUUUUAUCGACCGGAGAAUUUACAUAUGAGCGCGCCUUAUAUCCAGUUACAAUGUAGCACCUCGCGGGAAAGCAGAAUUUUUAAAUAAUGUUGCUUUUUGUUAAUUUGUGUCGAAAUUAUACGAAUGUUUGAACGUUCCCCACCUUCGUGCACCUCAUAAGUAUAUUUUAAUGCACAUUUAGCCGCCCAUUCUUAAAACCCGUUGCACAUCUGGCGUUUUCAGGUCGUUGCAGACCGCACAACAGCCCCUGCGCUGUGUAAACAUCUCUUAAAAAAUAAACGGCCAGGCUUGCAAACCUUAACACACGCACGCUUUUGGCGGUAGGAGUGUUUAAGUUGUUGACCACCACAUGGUUCGCUUACUUGACGAAUCAAAUGUACAAAAAUAAAUAUUAAUAGACUUAUUCAUAGAAAACCUUAUUUAUUCUAGUGUAAAUGGAUGAAGAAGUAAGACCUCGUUAGAUCACUGAGGCGAUCCUUUUUAGAUUACAGAUGAGGGUCUCAAAGUGUAGUUGCAGAUAUUUUUUGUGCAACAGACCAGUAUAGCUACAUGUUUCAGUUACAUAGAAACAAUGAGCAGGUAAUUCUGGAUAACCUUUGCUUUUUCAAAAAGGUGCACAGAAUGAUGCAUCCUAUUCAGUGUUCAGUGGCCUAUGUGAAUUUGGAAAUAAAGUACAUACAUUUAUGUUUGGUUUUGCUGGGCAAUAUAGAAUUUUAUCCACAUCUGUUUUGCAUUCUGCUCCCAUUCAUACUGUUAUGCUAUGUAGCGCAGUUGAGAUUUCCAAAUUUGCAUUAUAAAAUGCAUCUCAUUUCACACAGUACCUGUCCACCAUUCUUCUGAGAUGAUAAAAAAAGGGGAAAAAUCCUCAAAGUCCUGAUUAAAAAUAUUCACUGAAUUUCUGGAAGUAUCCUAGAUUAUUUAACUCAUUCUUCAAUAUGCUCAAAUAUUCUCUACGUCUGCACAACAAUGCUCUCCCAACAUGGAAAAGAUUGGCCUCGCCAGCCAUGAAUAUGUUUGCCUCCGAAUGUAAACAACAGCUGACAGACAAGCGUAGUGGAAAUGCGUUUUUUUUUUUUUUUUUUUUUCCCUCUCCCAGUUCUCCUCUGUGUGUGUGUGAUGCUGGACCCAUCUGGCAUCUCGCUACACAGUUCUCGACAGACUCGGUGAGGCUAACGCAUCCAGAUGGCCUGGCAUUGGUGCCGGUGGGUUAGGGUACCUACCCCGAGGGCACAGCGUCUCGCUCUCAUUGGUGCAGCAAGACUCCCCCGUGUGGGAUGAAAGGGUAGUCUGACGGAGGUGUCACCCACACCUCACACACCAUAAGAAGGGAAUACGCAGUGCGAGGAAGGGGGGAGGGGUGGGGAGCAGAAAACUGGAGGCCUCACUACUGAGCUUCAGCCUUGAUCAAAAACCUGAUGUUUAAAUAAAAAAAAAGAAGGAAAAAAAAUAUACAUAAACUUCAAUUUCAACUGGCUGUCUAUUCUCAAAAGGGCAAAUUUUUUAAUAUUAUGUUUUGUUGCAUUUUUUCCAUUUUAAUAAAAAGGCAUUGCAAGUAGUGCCGUGAAAUUUGUUCACUGAGCUGGAAUAAUGCUCAAUCAUACAACAUAAGUGGGGCAAUUGUUCUGCCUAGUAAGCCAAUCAUUUAUCAUUUGAGCGGACGUGAUACAGUGGCCUGUGUGUGGCCAAUGUGGUUGAAUCAACGUUCUCUGGAUGAAUAUAGUAGGAACAAACAACAGCAAGACAUUCCAUCUCCCCAAAAAUAGUAAUUCUUAUUUUUAUUUUUAUUUUUUAUUUUUGCCAUUUUAUUUGCUAAGACUUGUAACAGGUUAGAUGUAGGGUUCAACUGGGGCAGAGGGAACUGCCUAGUGGUAUUCCAUUCAGACAGAAUGGAGGUCUGCUCCAAGUGACCAGCCACAUCCUGGACGCACUCUCACUGCGCUGCUCUUGCGGGGUUGGAAUUGAAUGGCCAAGAGGAGAGAAUAUCUGUGAAUCAGUGCCCAAGCCGAGGAGGACAACGACGAGCCGGUCGAAGACGAGAGGGACUACGGACUAGCCCAGGACCUGUCCGACACGGGCUUCCGGAGUCACCUGAACAACAGCGGGAUGAUGGGCCACGACCACGACGGCCAGAACGACAAGCAGAAAUCGCCCGGAUCCGAAGACGCCUGGGACCGCCCAUUCAAGUGUGACCAGUGUGAACGCACCUACAGACACCACGGUAGUCUGGUGAACCACAAGAAAUCUCAUCAAGAGGGUGCGUUUAAGUGCGCCAUUUGUUACAAGCAGUUCAAUAACUUAGCAGCCCUUAGCGCGCACGAGCGCACCCACUCCAAGUUCAAGCCUCCGGGCUUGUCUAUGAGCGGCGGACUUGCCGACAGCCAGUCAGACAGCCGCGCCGCACUGAGCGACGACAUGGCCUCCUGCUUCUGCCACCUCUGCCAGGUGGCGCUGCCCAACAAAAAUGACUUCCAAGAGCACAUUCUCUUGCAUAACGCAGCCUCCUCCUCCCUGGGGCUGACCCGGGGAUUCCCGGGCAUCGUGCCACAUAACCUGAGCACGGUGCGCUCCCCCGGGGUGCACCCGUACACCCCCACUCUCGGGGACCCCUUGCCGCUGCCCCCCUUGACCGACAAGCGCUACGACCAGAUGCUGGGCCCCCCAGUGAACAACCCCAUAUACACGUGCGCGUACUGCGGGGCCGGGCACCCCGACCUGGAGAGCCUGAAAGUUCACUACCUGACCCAUGACCCGCACCCCCCGCCGCACGCCCAAGACGGCCCCUCGAUCCUGAACACCGACAGCCUGGGCUCCAACUCCCAGCCGUCGGUGUCGUCCCCCGGAGCAGGUGAGUCCCGGGGGGGCCAGUCGUCCUCAGUGGAUGACGGCGACCGUAGGUUUAAGUGCAAUGAGUGCGGCAAGAGCUACCGCCACGCCGGCAGCCUGGUCAACCACAAGCGCUGCCACCAGACUGGGCACUACCAGUGCACCAUCUGCUGCAAGCAGUACCCGCACCUGGCCGCCCUGCACAGCCACCUGCGCAGCCACAAGACCAGGCCCGGCUCGCAGGGCCUCAACAGCGAGGGCGACUGGCUGUCCCCCGAGCCCCUCACGCUGGACUCCCAGCAGGGCUUUGUCCACUCCCAGGACCAGGGCAGCGGCGCCACCACCCCCAUCUCCCUGCCGGGCAACCUGGGCGACGCCGCCCACUUUGUGCCCGAUGGCGGCCACAGCAGCGGCCUGGACUCGCUGGAGUUCCACGACCGCUUCGACGGCUCGCUGUCCCAGGGCAACUCGGGCCACUCCCCGCUGCCCCAGAGCCACCGGCAGGCCGACCGGCACAUGUGCGCCGACUGCGGCGAAAUGUACUCCGACAUCUCGGGCAUCAAGUCCCACAUGUGCCCGCAGCGGCGCCAGCAGCAGCAGGGCGGCAUGUCCAACGGCUACAUGGGCUACCACGGCCAGGGCGGCUCCAUGCCCAGCGGCAGCAUGAAGGACUCCGGCGGCCAGAGCCGCGGCCAGGACCAGAUGCAGUACAACAGCGGGGGCGGCGGCGGAGGCCGCGGGAGCAGCGGGGGAGGAGGCGGCGGGGGGCACUCUCACGGCGGGGGCCACGGAGGCGGCGGCGGCGGCGGCAAGCGCAUGGACAACAAGGGCGACGACGACGACGACGGCGAGGUGUACCAGUGCUCGGUGUGCGGCAACCACUACGCCAGCCUGCGGGCGCUCCGCAGCCACUUGCGUAGCCACGGCAGCAUCCAGGGCGGCAACCAGGGCGCCGGGCCCUCGGCGCUCUCCCCCACCAGCGAGCAGGAGUGGCGCCGGCGCCAGGAGGCGGGCGAGAGCGGCGGCCUGAUGAUCUGCAGCACCUGCGGCCAGAGCUUCUCCCGCAAACAGGACCUGGUCAACCACCAGCAGCUGGUGCACGGCAUCACGCGCCCCGACUCCGGCGCCGGCAUGAGCUCCGGCGGCGGCUCGUCCAGCAACGGCAAGAUGGACGGCCGCAGCCACAUCUGCGUGGAUUGCGGCAUGAUGUUCGCCGACCGCCACCACCUGGUCACUCACCUGUGCCCGGGCAAGGCCAGGGGCAGCGGGGCACUGGGGAAAGGCAUGAACGGGGCCAAGGGCAUGACAGGGGGCGCAGGCACCAGCAGUGGGUCGUUUGGCGAUGGCGAGCGCCCCCACAGGUGUGACCAGUGCGGACGGAGCUACCGGCACCCUUGCUCUCUGCUUAACCAUAAGAAGUCGCAUAAGACUGGUGUCUUCCGAUGCCUGGUCUGCCAGAAACGCUACUACAACCUGCUGGCCCUCAAGAACCAUCAGAGGACCCACUUUGACCUUAAAAGGCACAAGUGCGAGGAGUGCGGCAAGGCUUUCAAGAUACAGAAGCAGCUGGUGAACCACCUGAGGCUCCACGAGGAACACCGCGCCAAGAACCAGGUCCGCCAAGGCAUGAAUCCCAACGGAGGCCGCUACGAGGGGGGUCCGUCCCAGAUGCAGCCCAUGAACCAGGGCCGCGUGCAGAACCCGGGGAAGUACCAGCACCACGGGCAGCACGGCGGGCACAGCCAGCACGGGCAGCACAUGCACCAGCAGCACGGGCAGCACGGCGGCGGCGGCGGGCACCAGGGCUUCAAGAAGCCCUACGAGGGCGGCCCGGGCACCUCUCGCCCGCCCAACCCCGACGACCCCGAGGGCAGGCGCCCGUUCGCCUGUGACCAGUGCGGCCGCACCUACCGCCACGCCGGCAGCCUGGCCAACCACAAGAACCUGCACAAGACGGGCGAGUACCACUGCAACGUGUGCAACUCCACCUACCCCAACCGCCUGGCCAUGAAGAACCACCUGCGCAUGCACUUCGCCAUGAAGAAGUUCACCUGCCCAGAGUGCGGCCGCGGCUUCCGCACCCAGCGCCAGCUGGAGACCCACACCUCCAACCAGCUGUGCAAGGACCUGCCGGGGCCCAGCGGCCAGGGGCCCGUGGCCGACUACGAGUGCGACGGCUGUGGCGAAGGCUUCGCCACGGCCACCGACCUGGCCUCGCACGACUGCCACGCCUCCCAGAUGCCCUCGUCCUCCGCCUCCCUCAACAGCUCCAGCCUGAGCAUGGAGACGGGCGAGCUGGGCUCCCCGGAGCGCGACGAGCGCCCCUUCGCCUGCGACCUGUGCGGCUGCGCCUACAAGCACGCCAGCAGCCUGCUCAACCACAAGAACACGCACAAGACGGGCAACUUCAGCUGCUCCUUCUGCGACAAGCCCUACACCAACUACAUGGCGCUGCGCAACCACAUGCGCAUCCACACCCAGAAGAAGCGCCACAUCUGCAACACGUGCGGCAAAGCCUUCCGUCUGGCCCGCUUCCUCCGCAACCACCAGAGGGUCCACGAGGAGGGCCACACUCGCUUCGGCUGCCCCAGCUGCGGGAAGAGCUUCCAGGGGAGGUCGGGCCUGGCCCGCCACCGCUGCGGGGACAACCAGGUAGGCAAGGAGGGCAGGAGGAAGGCCUCAAGCGCGCGGGAGGGAGAAGAGUGCCGGUUCACAUGUGAACAGUGCGGCCGCUCCUACCGUCACGCCAGCUCCCUCCUCAACCACAAGAACACCCACACCGUCGGCAUCUACCACUGCGCCGUGUGCCUCAAGACCUACUCCAACCUGCUGGCGCUCAAGAACCACCGGCGCAUCCACUCCGAGACGCGCCGCCACCGCUGCCCCGAGUGCGGCAAGGCCUUCCGCGUCUCCUCCCAGCUGCAGAACCACCGCCGCGUGCACCUGAAGGAGCGGGAGCUGGCCUGCACCCUGUGCCAGCGCAGCUUCCCCAGCCAGGCCAGCUUCCGCCUCCACCAGGAGAUGCAGCACGGCAUCGCCCGCAAGCAGCCCCAGCAGCACCAUCACCACCACCACCACCACCACUCCCACUCCUCCGGCGGCGGCGGCGGGGGGAUGUCUCACGGUGGUGGUGGUGGUGGUGGUGGCGGAGGAGGAGGAGGGGACUUGGGCUGGGGCUCUGGGCUCGACCUGACUCUCAUGCAGGCCCAGGGCCUGGAUCCCAACGGGCUGCCCAAGCUGACGCCUUCCCUGCACGGCCCCGGGGGUAGCGGCUCGUCCCGCGGCCGUGACGGGGAUGCGUCGGGCUCGGGGUCCUCGUUGCGCAAGGCGCACGUGUGCGACCAGUGCGGGCGCGGCUACCGCCACGCCAGCUCGCUGCUCAACCACAAGAACAGCCACAAGACGGGCACCUACUUCUGCAACUCGUGCCAGAAGGAGUUCUCCAACCUCAUGGCCCUCAAGAACCACCGGCGCAUCCACACGGAGCCCAAGCGCUACCAGUGCCCCGACUGCGGCAAGGCCUUCCGCGUCUCCACCCAGCUCAUCUGCCACCGCCGCAUCCACACCAAGGAGAAGCCCUUCUCGUGCCAGCAGUGUGACAAGCGCUUCUCCAGCAAGUCCAACCUGCGCCACCACCAGAAGGUCCACUGGAGCAGCUCGGCGCCCACCGCCAACACCAACACCACCAGUUUGGGCAGCAUGGGCGCCGCCAACUACCUGGGUAUGCCCGCGGGCCCCUUCAUAUAACCCAAACACACACACGCACACCAAUACACACACCAGAGUGUCUGUGGUGGCCGGCUGAGAGUGUGUGUGCGCGUGUGUGUGUGUGAGAAUGUCCUUUGAGGGUUGGGGGGAGGAGAGAGUGUGGGGGGAUUGGAGGCUUGUGAGUGGUUUUUGUUUUUGUUUUUGUUUGUUUUUGUUUUUUGUUUAAUCUGGGUGGAUUUAAUUUAGACAUGCCAAGAGUUUAGCUCUGUGUUACUUUAUUUUUUGUCCCCCUGUGUUUGUAUUAUUCUCAUUAUUAUCAUUAUCUUUAUUUUCUUUUGUUUGUGGGGAAGUGCCAAACGUGCCCCUCUGCUCCCCUCCUCCUGCCGCCCCUCCUCUCCACCUCCUCAUGCACACCACACCGCUCAUCUCCGCUAGCAGCUAGCCUCCCUCCGCCCCGCUCCCUCCCGCAGAACAGGGCAUGCUGGGUAGCCUCACAGGCCCCCCCCCCCCCCGACACGCACGACACCCAGGAGGCACCAUGGACUGUGUGUGGAUGUGAGCAUGUUCGCAUGUUUGCGUGUGUGUCUCUGCGUGUGUGUGUGUGUGUGUGGGUGGGCGGCUGUGGUCUGGGGUGGGAUUCAAGGCCCUUUAGGACUCUGGUGGUUUAAAUGAACUCAGGUUGGACCUGCAUGUGCCCUCCCCCACACAAAAAUAAGAUAACCUCAUCCUGUCACCGUGGCGACUGACCGACCUUACCUCUGCAUUCCCAUGAUGCUCUCUGCCCCGAUGGCCUUCUGGUUGUGGGUGGCCGCCUCCCCUGGAUAAAAUGCCCCCCCCCCCCUCGCUUUUGUUUUUUUUUUUGUUUUGUAGGGCAAGCUUUAGACUGUCGUUUGGAGCCCUUAACAUGAACUGGGUUGUAAAACUGUACAUGCUAAAGCAGCCGUUCUGGAGGACUGUUGCGCGUUACACAGUGCGACAUGGCCAGCAGCUGGUCUAUGACUGACCCUGACUGACCGUCAGCAAAGGGACGACGCCCUUAAAGUAAAUGCCGAUGCCUUUUUGUGAUGCUGGUGGUGGAGGAAGGAGUGGUGUCACUGUAGCUUCUCUCUAAGCCAAUCAAUGAAUACUACCACGAAGUCCAAAAAAACACGCCCCAAUCAGAUCAGGUGUACAAAAUAUUUCCGUUUGUAAAAUGUUUUGUCAUCACAUUUCAUCCCACACUCUGUCCAAUUUCUCCUAGACGAAGCCUUGUGCAUUAUGCGUUUCUUAUACGUACAUAUAUAAAUAUAUAAAUAUCUAUAUUACGAAGAAAUCAUGGUAAUAACUAACAACUUCCAAACGAGAUCUUGUAGGCACUAGUAAUAAUGUUGUUUGACAUUGUAUAGUGUUUCUUUUUUAAACUGAAUGCUGUGGACAGAGUUGUCGUAUUUCUCUGUUGUGUAGAACUGUACUGGGGGUGGGAUGUGUUUCUUUUUAAGGUCUUUUUUUUCUUUUUGUAAUCCCUUUUGAUGUUCUAAUUUUUUCUAACUUGUGUGUUUCUUGCAGCACGAAGAUGAGCUUCAAACCGUAUAUUUCUGCAGACGACAGCAUUGCGCUUAAUGGGUUCACCGUGUACCUCCCCUUUUAUUUUCAAUAUGUUGCUCUGAACCCAUACUUCUAAAACCUGCGCCAAACUAGUUAGUGUAUAGAAAGGAUAGGUUGUGCUACAAAAAAAUAGGAAAAAAAAAGACAAAGGAAAAAAAAAAGAACAUGUAUAUUGAUAGGCCUGUGCCAGCAUUUGGUUUUACCUUGUAUUGUAUCGUACUUCUCACUGUAUUAUUUGCAGGAAGACUUUUAUAUAAAAAAAAGAUCACUGUAGUACGCGUUUUAUUUAUAUUAACACUUUUAACUGAAAAGAGAAAAAAAAAACGCUAGUUUUAGAACCUCCCAUGUUAGGAGCUGUGUCGUACCAGAUCCUAUCCCCCCGGCCCUUCUUCCUUCAUCUUAGCUCGCUUCCUGUGACAUGCAUUCUUCGUAUACACGUGACUACGGAGCCGGAGGUGACGGACUCCUAAUGAACACUCGUUACAGUGACUGUACCCUCCAUCCUCUAAACUCUCUUUGUUAUGCUUUUAAAGAAGAAGACGAAAAAAAAAAAAAUGUUGUCUGUCCCUUGUACAAUAAAUCGGGGGAGCGUUAUAAUGUGUGUUUUUUGAUUGCAGUACGAUGAGUAUUAAACGGAUCACUGUAAUGUUUUCUUGCCUUUCUCACACGUGAUGUCGUGGCGGUUCUAUUCCCCUUGCCCCCUCCCCUCCCCACCCCACCCCCCCUUACUGCCCCCACCCCCCUCUAUGCCCUCUAACCCCCCCACAUCCUUCAUCACCAGCCCCUCCCCCUCCUCAGAAUUGGACUUUCAAUUCCACGCUCUAAGCUCACACUUUUAAGGGAUGACUUUGUGAACUAUUAAAAAAAAAAAAGAAUCAUUCAGUCGACCAUAUUUUAGAGUUUUGCUCUAUUUUUUUUUUUUUUUUUUUUCUUUGUUUUGUUACACUUUUAUCGUAUCCCUUGUAUUUAUUAGUAUUUCUUUUAUUUAAUUGCGUUUGACUAUUUGAAGCUCAAUGUGAACAGCUUGUGGACCUGGGAGCACUGGUGCUAGGAAGUCGAUUCUAUUUUGAGUGACAGUGAUGUUCUGAGGAGUAUUGUGAUCACAAGUAGAGCACAGGAAGAUUGUAUAUUUAUGUACUCAAAACCUUCAAAAUUUGUUCCCAUUUGGAUGGUUCAAAAGAGAAAAAAAGAAAACGUACAAACGCUUCCAAGUUGCAAAAAUGGCUAGUUUCGAAAAAGGAUUGGGACUUUGAACGAAUAUAAAUAUGUAUUUUUAAGUUUUAACUUUUUUUUUUCCUCCUUCAUGCAUAUAUAUAUGUAAUGCUGACUAUACACUUUUUUUAAACUACAUUUUGAUAAUUCAUUUCCUAACAGAACCUGUUUGGAUUAUAACCUUAAUGCUCUCAAGUAAUGAAAAUAAAUAGCUAAAAAAAAAAAAAAAGCCUUGGUCAGUUGAAUUGUCGUUGCUGAGAAGUUUGUCCCUUGCCUCAUCCCCUACCCUCUGCCCAGACUUUGGCGACUAGCCAAUCCCUGCCUAGUUAGGGCGGGGUCAGAGCAUGAGUCUGCUUGUAUCUGGGGCACAAUGUUGUUGUGGAGCAAAUCAAAAUUGAAUUCUUAGUGAUCUGUAGUUGUAUUCUCAAUAAAGAGUUAUGUUCCUGGUGGUAGUGGUUAGGGCUCCUGGUGCUGAGGCCUCAUGUGAAAUAUGCUCAUCUCUAUACAGUCAGUGAAGCUGCCCUCUCCUGUAGUGGGGCAGCCUUAUAGGAAGUAAAAAAAAAGCAUUAAAACACUAAGCAUGGAAAAGUGGUAACAAACCUCAUUAAGUUACAAGUAGGCAAGGUGUAGGGCAUUUUCAUGUCUUACUGCCUUAUCUUGCUGGUUGUAUUGUUUUUUUUAUUCUUUUCCCCCCAAUGUAUUCCAUUGUAGAUAAUAUUGACGUUAUUUUUUUGCUGUGGAAUAUGGCAUUCUGAAAAGGGGUUCCAUAAAUUGGUCAUAGGUGCAACCGUUAAGUGCUGACUAUAAAUCCAGGAGCAUUUUAUAGAAACCGUGAUUACUGGUGUUCGUCUAUAUGAACGUACUACAACCGAGCAAAACCAGCAACCAUAUCACCUCAAUAAAACUAGAAUGAUCAUGGAUUACAAAAUGGUUGUCAUUCUAUCUGAGCAUUCCAUUUCCAUCUCGGAUGAUGUAUGUGAACAAGGUGCAAAGGCUACAGAUGUUCUUCAGUUGCAUCAACUGGAUAUUUAGCUUCUACAAUACAGUACACGCACCUACCCAGCCAACAGAGAGAUGUAGAUUUAUUACAACACCUGCAACAGUUAUGUUUUUUUUUGUGUUGGGGAUCUUGGAGUGAUGCAUCAUGAAGGACGAGGGAAGUUUUACGAGGUCAUCUGGUUCUGGUCUCCCUGAGCAGUGGGCAGACAGCUCUGCUGGCCCUGACUGGUGUGGAGCCCUGCGGUGAGCUUCAUACACAAACCCAUCAGCUGAUUGCCUGUAGUCGUGAAUCAACAGAUUAAAUGCCUGAUAUCGUUAGUUAGGACCGUGAAUUUGAACAUCAAGUCAUCGGAGAUGUUGAACUUUUUUUCUUCUUUUUUCUUUUAAAGUGUUAACCAGUAGAAAGGCAGUUUCAUGCUUAUAAAAUAUGAGUUAAAAACUCUGAUAAAGGCGUGAUUGACCAAGAUGACCGUACAUCAAUAAAUCAGUUUCGGUU